AUGGCAUGGAAUGAGAGCUCGGCUUCAAUGACUGCAACACCCUCCAGCGACGGCCCGCGGGGCAACUACGAUGUUGACUAUGUCAUUCGCUAUUCUUUCGGCGGUCCUGAUCGGCAAGAAGCCAUAUCACAGCUCAACAACUUGCUGCAAACUCUUGCUGGCGUGGGUUUUCUCACCGAAGUCAGACCGUGCGAUCGGACUUCGUUGUUGGUCUUCAUUAGAGCCCCUCAGAAGAGUUUACUGAGAGCUACGCACACUUCACGCGUCCGGGACUGGCUCUAUGGACUGCGCAACACUCAACCUGAUGGUGACUCGUCCCCAGGACCGCAGACAGACGCAGAACGGCUACGUGUUAUUUAUUACAUGUUAACCGCCCCUGCUGACCACGGUGGUGCAAACAUUACUCCGAAGUUUGGAAAAUGGAAAUAUGUCCACUCGCUUUUCCCCCUUCAUGACGACAAAACGAACCAAGCUUGGAUCAGGGACUGGAGUAAAAAAACCUUCCUGACAAAUGAAGAUCUUGAUCAGAUUCGCGACAAGUUUGGAGAGAAGGUCGGAUUCUACUUCUCUUUCUUGCAGACGUACUUCAAGUUCUUAUUCUUCCCUGCUCUUUUCGGCAUCUCCUCCUGGCUUAUGCUAUCAUAUUACUCGCCAAUAUAUGCCAUUGUCAACUGCGUUUGGUGCGUGGUAUUUGUCGAAUUCUGGAAGCGGAAGGAAGUCGAUUUUAGUCUUCGCUGGCAAGUCCGCGGUGUUUCCGUUCUCUCAUCUAAGAAUAGAGACUUCAAGCCAGAAAGUGAAGUCAGGGAUGAAGCUACUGGUGAGCUUCGGCCCGUUUUUCCCUGGACAAAGCGCCUGCAAAGACAGCUUCUUCAAAUACCCUUUGCGUUGGUAGCGACAGCUGCUUUGGGCGCAGUCAUUGCUACUUGCUUUGCCAUUGAAAUAUUCAUUUCUGAAGUCUACAAUGGCCCGUUGAAAACAUAUCUCGUUUUCAUCCCGACGGUCCUACUUUCCUCUAUUCUUCCUAUUGCUAGCACUAUCCUUACCAAUGUAGCUGAACGACUUACAGACUUUGAAAAUUACGAGACAAAAGAAGAACGUGAUGUGGCCAUGAUACAAAAGAUGCUUGUCAUCAACUUCAUCACAUCUUACCUAGCAAUCUUUCUGACAGCGUUUGUCUAUAUUCCGUUUGGCCAUGCUAUUGUCCCGUACCUUGAUGUUUUCCGAGCGACUGUGCGCCCAUUUGUGUCACCGGAAGAUGAAAAGACUAUCAAACACUCCGAGUUCAAAAUUGACCCCAACCGUCUCCACGAACAAGUGGUUUACUUCGCUGUGACUGCACAGGUUGUGAAUCUCUUCCUGGAGACCGGGUUGCCGUUCAUCUUGCAGCGAUUGAGUUCCAAGUACAAGCAAUAUUCAGAGGAAAAAGCCAAUGCUCAGGACAAGGGAAGUUCUGCAUAUGAGGAUCACCCCGACGAAGUCGCAUUCCUUAAGAAAGUGCGCGACGAAGCAGAUUUGCCAGAGUACGAUACCACAGACGACCUCCGACAGAUGGCUAUUCAGUUCGGGUUUUUGUCGCUAUUCUCAACUGUAUGGCCACUGGUCCCGGUUGCGUUUCUUUUCAACAAUUGGCUCGAGCUGCGAUCCGACUUUUUCAAGAUCUGCAGAGAGUUCAAGCGUCCAGUCCCGGAGCGUGCGGAUACUAUUGGACCAUGGCUCGACACUUUGGGACUUCUCGCCUGGGUUGGUAGCAUUACGAGCCCAGCCCUGGUAUACAUGUUCCACAGCGGUGGGCUCGAUAGCGAUGGAACUCCCGGCAAGAUUACUGGGUGGACGCUUAUGACCAUAGUGUUUUUCUCUGAACAUAUCUACUUGGGGGUACGGUACGCGGUCGAGAAGGCGAUGCAGAAAAUCGAAAUGCCUAGCAUACGAGAAGAACAAAUUCAGAAAAUCCUGCUACGCAAGAGCUAUAUUCCGCAAAUCGAUGAGCCCCAAUUUGACAAGGAGGGCAGCGAUUUGGCCAGUGAUGUUGAUACUGAUGGUGUCAAUGAGAAGAUUACUCGGGCAACUUUGGAAGAGGAUGCUAGAGCACGUACAUUGCAUGCAGCACGCGCUUCUGACUCAUUCUGGGAAAGGCAAAAGAAUUGGAAGGAAUCGCUACACAUCGGAAGCAAGAUCAUUCAGUCGUACCAAAGCCCGGAGGUGAAGAAACAUAACUAA